GCCGCUGAGGCGACGAUGGCAGACGGGCCGGAGGAAGCCCGAGGCCGCCCUCCCGGGCAGGACGACGGCGCCGGGGACCCCGAGCCCGCCCGCUCCCCGGGAGGCCCUCCGGCCGCCGCCGCCGCCGCCGCCGCCGCCGCCCCACGCCCCCGGGCCGGGCCGCAGGCCGAACCCCAGGCCCCGGGCCUCGCGCCCGCCGCGGCCGCCGCUGAGGAGUCGGAGCCGCCGCGGCCGCCGGGGAAGCCCGGGGCGGGGCUGCAGGAGCCGGCGGGCCGCGAGGCGCCGCGGGAGAGGCCGGCGCGGCUGAGCGCCCGCGAGUACUCCCGGCAGGUGCACGAGUGGCUGUGGCAGUCGUACUGCGGCUACCUCACCUGGCACAGCGGCCUCGCCGCCUUCCCCGCCUACUGCAGCCCCCAGCCGCCCCCGGCCGGACACGCCCCGGCCUACUACAGCCCCUUCUACUUCCUGGGCGCCGCGGCCGCCGGGCCCGACCCGGGGGCGGCCCCCGGCCUCCCCGCCGCCGCCGCCGCCGCCGCCGCCGCCGCCGCCGCCGCGGGCCUGGGCGCUCGGGCUGCGCACGGGCAGGGGGCGGUCCGGGCAGCGCCAGCGACCAGGGUGGGCUCCGGCGCCGCCUCGCGAAGCCCGAGCGACACCGGGCGGCAGGCAGGCAGAGAGUACAUUAUUCCUUCCUUGGCCCACAGAUUUAUGGCAGAGAUGGUGGAUUUCUUUAUUCUCUUCUUUAUAAAAGCAACCAUUGUCUUAAGCAUUAUGCACCUCAGUGGAAUAAAGGAUAUCUCUAAGUUUGCUAUGCAUUAUAUAAUAGAAGAAAUAGAUGAAGACACAUCAAUGGAAGAUUUGCAGAAAAUGAUGAUUGUGGCUCUUAUAUACAGAUUGUUAGUUUGUUUCUAUGAGAUAAUUUGCAUUUGGGGAGCAGGUGGAGCUACCCCAGGGAAGUUCCUGCUAGGGCUUCGAGUUGUGACGUGUGAUACAUCAGUGCUUAUUGCACCAAGUCGGGUUUUAGUGAUUCCUUCCUCAAAUGUUAGCAUUACAACGUCUACUAUACGAGCUUUGAUCAAGAAUUUUUCUAUUGCUUCUUUUUUCCCUGCUUUCAUCACACUGCUGUUUUUUCAGCAUAAUCGAACAGCCUAUGACAUUGUAGCAGGAACCAUUGUGGUAAAGAGAAACGGGGUCAGAUGAUGCCCCAAACAACCCUGAAUUCCAUACUGCCUGGAAUAACAAGACUACAUUAUGUGUCAAGGCCAUCAGUGUCCCUGGUUACACUAACUGAUGAUUUAGAGAUUAAAGCAGGCGCUUCAGUGUGAUGCAGGUGACUGCUCUGAAAGUAUUGAUUUUACUUGAAUGCCAAAGAACUUUUCCAGAAGAAAAGCCUGUUAAAUUCAAGUGUUAAAAAUUUUUAGAUCAAAAAGGAGGCAAGUGGUUUUAUAAUCAACAAUGGACAAUAUAUACUUUCUUAAGAUCUAAGGCUUUAGAAUUUGCUGAAAGCAUUUUCAGCUGUUAUAUCUGCAGAUGAAACUUUGAAAAAUUUAUUUUGGUUUAUCCCAAAAUGAUGGAGAAAGUCCACUUGUGUUUUGUAAACACAUUAACUCAUAGUUAACACUUCUUGGGGAAAUUGUCUUUCCUUUUGGGGAGAGGGAGGGAGGACACAAAUUUGGUAAUCCACUUGUCUCCCAUCCUAGGAGGAAGUGUUAGCUGCAAGAGAAAGGGGCAGAUGAAGCAGGCAGUUCCCUCCCCCUGGAGUUCUCAAAUCCCUACUGCAGUGUACUGUGGGAAUGACGCUAUUCUACAAGUAUUGUUACUGUUUGAACAUGUAUUUGGGGGCAAGUUUUGCAUGAUGAUGAAAAAGUAUUAAGUCCUAUUUGCUAUAUUAUUACUGAAUAUUUUUAAAGAAAAGGUAAGUUAGUGAUUGCUUGGGGAGGGAAGGGGCACCUAAAUUUUCACCGUAAAUUUAAGUUGAAAUUCAUGUGCAAGUGUUUUUAGUCCCCUGAAUCAAACUAUAAGUAUGUGGGGGAAAGGUCUUCAUCAAAUUGUUGCAUAUUUACUGUAAAACAAUAAUCCCAGUACGUGUGCAGCAUGAAGAAAGUGUUAGUGCUGUUCAGUGUCUUGAAUGUACCUUCUAUUUGUACACCAGGUAGUCACAUACUAGUUAGUUUCUUUUUAUAUUUUAUAUAGUUCCAUGACUUUUAAAACAUCAAGGAGUUAAAUAAUCUUAGUAUUUUAUGACAAAAUAUUAGUAGCCUCUGAAAUAUUAGCAGUUUUCCCAUUAUGAACUGUUCUCUCUAAAACAAGGACAAGUACCAUUUCCAGACAUUUUUCUAAGUUUUCUGGGCCAAAAAGCUUGUUUGGGGCCUGCCAGAGAUGAUGUUUUGAGGGAAAUGUUAAGUAACACUCUGUGUAUUGCCAUUUUAAUUUAUUCUACUGAAGCAAAGCUUACUGUUUUAAAUGUGUGUGCAUGCUCUUGUUAAGUGGCCCAGUUAGCGGUAUUGAGAUGUACCUGAAAAAGUUUUCUUCCUUAGGCAAUUUUUCCAGCCCUGACACUGUUUUCAAAAAACAAACAAACAAACAAAAAAAAACACUAAACUGUCUUGAACACUUCAUAAUUAGAUUGCUUUAUUUUUUUAUUUAUUUUUUUUUUAGAUUGCUUUAAAGAUCAACCUGGACUUUAUUUUUGGUCUUUGUAGCAAAUGCAAGACAUGUCGAUCACUAUCAAUUUUUAUAGUUUUUCUUUGACUUUAAAAACUGAAAAUAAUCACAUUUGAUGUCCAUAGAAACCUUAACAGUGUCCUAAUACCCUUAUUAUAAAAUUUCAUAAACCAUGUCUUUCAAAAUAAUUUUAUAUUAAAUCCAACAUCACAAAGUUAAGUGUGUCAAAGUACUUAACAGAUCAUUCACUUAUAGCCCCUGGGAAGACGUAUGAAACUUACAUGGCCCUUCAUAGUAGACAGACCCGUUAGGAAAUGUUACAUAAACUUACCAUCCAGUAGCAUGUACAUUAGUAUUAGUGGAUACAUGAUUUUUGCCACUGAUGGGGGGAGUUCAAAUUGAAAUGUCCUUCGGCCAUAUUGCUCUGAAAUAUAUAUUUAAUUUAGAAUUUCCUCCCAGGUAAUUGGAAGGUUCACCAUCUAGGCCAUUUUUAUUUAUAUAGCCAAGCAAAAACAAGUAAGUAGCCCAGUUUAAUUUCUUAAAAUAUUGCACAUUUGCUAUAUAGGAGUUAUUCAGAAUCAUAUUUAUAUGUAGGUUCAUUUAGAUCCAUCUUAGGAUUCAAGUUAUAUAGUCCUAUAAAAUAAAUAUUACUACUUUGCCUUUACAUAAAAAUGCAAGUGUGUUUGUAUUUUGAAUCCAGCACUUAGGAAAAGAGAUUUUGAUUCCCAAAUCAUUGUGGGGGUGGGGGGUGAUGACAAAAACAAUGGGAAAGAAGGGAGAGUCGCUUUUUUCCUCUUAGGGUCGUGGGGUGGAGCCUCUCCUCUUUUCAAAAACACUUUUCCAUUUAGUAUAUUUCAUUUAUAGAAAUGCUGAUUUCUGUGUCAAAGUGUAAUUCUCAUGCUGAAGCUCUAGCCCAAAAAGGCAAAAAAGCAAGUUGUUUUUAUAGCACAAACAUUAUCCAUCGCUUUUACAAAUUAAGAAACAAGGGAACAAAGAUUAGAAGUCAAGCCAAGUAAGAACAUGGUUUCAGGGAACGUGCCCUAAAUAAAACCACAGAACAGGCAGUUAACUCAGGUGCCUAGAAAGUCUCGGUACCCAUUACUAGAAACAGCCAGCCAGAGCGGCUAGUGCACCUUGAGAAAAGUCAAGUCUGCAAGUCUGCGUGCUCACGUUCCUGCCGGGCUUAGGGAAGUAGGCGAGGAUGGCAAGCCUUGCUGUUGAGACCAGUCCAGGACUACACAAACAAAGCCAGCAUGUUUUUGGAUAAUAACCCUUUAAAAUGUUGCCCAACUGACACUGUGUCCACUGGUUCAGAGGUCACUUCUUUCCACCUAAAUGUUUACCUUGCAGUUUUACUCAAAUACUUAGAUUUGGAAAAAAACACAUUUGAGGACUCCUUUACCUAAAUUAUAAAACUAAGUCUUUAGUGUUUGUUGUUUCAAAUGAGAAGUAAAAGUUGUUGUAACUGCUUUAAGUGACUUGUGGGAGUGUUUUACUUAUGCAUAAGUAUUUCCAGCAAAAGGAAGGUAGAAAGGAGUUGAAACUAUUUGCUACUUGGGAGUAGAAAGCUUUUUGAGAGAGAGAGGGGUAUUAAGUACUUUCAUUCCACACUUAGCCCUAUUCACAGGCUUUUGUUUCUUUUGAAGAAUAUGCCCAAAUAACAGCAGUAUUCCAGAAAUCUGACAAGGAUCAUUUGUUACUUGCCACUUCCCAUCCCCUCUACCAAAGGCCAAAAUCUACAGUAUGUGCUUGCCUGGGUGAAGUUCUUCAUUCCAAACCAUGUUGUAUUUCCUUUGCAGUUCAUUAUAAUAGGGCUUGACCCACAAAAAGUAUCUGAUGGCCUGCCUAUAAAUAAAAUUCAGCAUUCUAUUUUUAAUAAUUUGUAUGCCACCAGUUUGUAUUCUUUGUCUCAAUAAAUACUUGAACACUA